GUUGGGGGAAAUGGUGGCCGGCGCUGGGCCCGGGAGGGCCCAGCCAAGGGUGGGUUUGAAUGUGCUCAGGCGGGCGCGGAAAGCUGCCGGCAGAGCGCGCCGAUCUCGGCGAAGAAGGAGUCCUUCUCCAGAAGGAGCCCGCAGACAAGUCCUGCUGCCUGAACCUGGCCUAGGAGCACCUCCUAGAGACUGUCCAGGCCCCCUCUGCUCUGACCCUUCUGUGGGCGAGUCUGGGGGUCCGGUACCAGAGGGAGAGAGCUAUCAACCAGGCAAAGCUGAGAACAUCAUCGCCAUGACAACCAGCCACCAGCCUCAGGACAGAUACAAAGCUGUCUGGCUUAUCUUGUUCAUGCUGGGUCUGGGGACGCUGCUCCCUUGGAAUUUUUUCAUGACGGCCACACAGUAUUUCACAAACCGCCUGGACAUGUCCCAGAAUGUGUCCUUGGUCACUGCCAGACUGAGCAAAGACAUCCAGGCCUCAGCUGCCCCCACAACAGCCUCACUAGCCCGGAACUCUCUCAGUGCCCUCUUCAACAAUGUCAUGACCGUAUGUGCCAUGCUGCCCCUGCUGCUCUUCACCUGCCUCAACUCCUUCCUGCAUCAGAGGAUCCCCCAGUCGGUACGGAUCCUGGGCAGCCUGGUGGCCAUCCUGGUGGUGUUCCUGAUCACUGCCAUCCUGGUGAAGGUGCAGUUGGAUGCGCUGACAUUCUUUAUCAUCACCAUGGUCAAGAUCAUGCUCAUUAACUCAUUUGGUGCCAUCCUGCAGGGCAGCCUGUUCGGACUGGCUGGCCUCCUGCCCGCCAGCUACACGGCCCCCAUCAUGAGUGGCCAGGGCCUAGCAGGCUUCUUCGCCUCGGUGGCCAUGAUCUGUGCCAUUGCCAGUGGCUCGGAGCUGUCAGAAAGUGCCUUCGGCUACUUUAUCACAGCCUGUGUCGUUAUCAUUUUGACCAUCAUCUGUUACCUGUGCCUGCCCCGGCUGGAAUUCUACCGCUACUACCAACAGCUCAAGCUCGAAGGGCCUGGGGAGCAGGAGACCAAGUUGGACCUCAUUAGCAAAGGUCCUUCCACAACCUGUCACCCCCCAGGAGAGGAGCCAAGAGCAGGCAAAGAGGAGUCCGCAGUUUCAGCCUCCAACUCUGGGUCCACCAACAAUAGCCACUGUAUCAGAGCCAUCCUCAAAAACAUCUCAGUCCUGGCCUUCUCUGUCUGCUUCAUCUUCACUAUCACCAUUGGGAUGUUUCCCGCUGUGACUGUUGAGGUCAAGUCCAGCAUCGCGGGCACCAGCGCCUGGGGAAACUACUUCAUUGCUGUGUCCUGCUUCUUGACUUUCAAUAUCUUUGACUGGCUGGGCCGGAGCCUCACCGCUGUAUUAAUGUGGCCUGGGAAGGACAGUCGUUGGCUGCCAGGCCUGGUGCUGGCCCGGGUGGUGUUUGUGCCCCUGCUGCUGCUGUGCAACGUCCAGCCCCGCCGCUACCUCGCUGUGGUCUUUGAGCACGACGCCUGGUUCAUCUUUUUCAUGGCUGCCUUUGCCUUCUCCAACGGCUACCUCGCCAGCCUCUGCAUGUGCUUUGGGCCCAAGAAAGUGAAGCCAGCUGAGGCAGAGACAGCAGGAACUAUCAUGGCCUUCUUUCUGUGUUUGGGCCUGGCGCUGGGGGCUAUCUUCUCCUUCCUGUUCCGGGCAAUUGUGUGACCGUGGAUGGACAGAAGGACUGCACUGCCUGCCUGCCUCCUCCCCCUUCCUUCUCCUGCCUGGCAUGGGCAGGGGUGGUCUGGAGGUUUUCUUUCUCAUGGCCUGUGCUGGGCCUGGAUGUCCAGGCCCUGGGGAGGCAGCCUCUGUGGAUGGACAGUGGGGACAUUGUGGGCUUGAGGGUCAGAGUCAAGGGAGGGGCACAGUGUCUGCAUCUGCUUUUCUCCACACUUGGCUCCGAUCCUUCCUUGAACAGGGCAGCAGAGGUUCUUGGGCUCAGAGUAUGUGUGUGUGUGUGUCUCUGUCUGUCUAUCUGUCUGCCUGUACCAGGGGUGGCUAGCGAUCAGGACUGACCGUUGUGUGGUCUGAUCUGGUACUUCCCCUCCCCACUUUCUCCCCACGUGCCUCCUCCUCCGUUCUGUCCACGUGCCCCUCCCAGCUCCCCCUGCCCAGUUCCUACCCAUCAUGCACCCUGUACAGUUGCUAUUUUACUGCCUUUUUUUAUAUUUGACAGAAACCAGGUGCCUUCAGAGGCUCUCUAAUUAAACCCUUUUUUUUUUUC